AUGCUUCUGGUUCUACUUGAUCUCAAUCCUCCUUUGAAGAAACAUAUUCUAGGAUCUUCUCCCAUUCUAAGAAGUAGCGUGGGAGCCAGCUUUAGAUCAGGUCUGAAGGUGAUGAGAGUAGAAUCUAAAUAUAAAUGCCAUGUCCAAGACUGCAACCAGGUGUUUGAAACAAGAAAUCUUAGGAUUUACUCAAAUAAUUCAGUUCAACGACUGCUACUGGAAUGGGAUGUUAGUGAUUACUCUGAAGCAUAUAAUUCCGAAAUAGACAUUGUUUUUAACAUCCAAAUUCGUUUAAGAGAAGAAAAUGGAACAAUUAUUUUGAAUGUGAAUUAUACAACAGUUCUCAAUCAAGCAAGACAACAUCACCAAUGGAGUUUUAUCUCUGAGAUACCCUUGCAGUGUGCAACUCAUGAAGCCAGAAUAAGGAGCAAAGUGGUGUCUUCUAAAAUUUGGAGCCCGGAUGCUCUUGAUAGUGAAACAAUUCACAUCUUUCCUCAAAACAAAGUAUUUGAGCGAGGUUCCAACAUAACAUGUUGUUGCAUUGCAAAGAAAAAUAAAAUUGUAAAUAGUAUUUCAUUUCACAAAGAAAAUAUGACGACAAAACAGCAACGAGUAUUAUUUACUAGAAAGCCUGCAUCUUCAUUCCCUCCUUGCUUUCAGCUCACUUGUGGUUUUUCCGACGUCAAGGAUAAUAAUGCAACUUAUCUCUACCUCACCAACCAGCCUGAUAAACCCCAAAAUCUAAACUGUGAAACUGAAGACAUGAUUAAUAUUAGAUGUACUUGGAAUCCUGUUUAUGUACCGACGGACUGUUUCUUUAGGGAAGCCUGUCCAAUGGAGUUUUUUUUGUCUGAUGUCUCUUCUACAAAAAUAUAUUGCAGUACAAAAUUCCAAAAUAGCUGUUCAUUCAAGAUGGGUGACCAAUUCCUAUACAAUGUAAGGUUAACCGCCAGAAAUUGCCUUGGACAGAAACAUGAGCAGCUUAGUUUUAAUGUAUUGCACAUAGUUCGUCCUGUAAUUUUCAGUAAACCAUCUGUCGAUUAUCAAAAUGCUACUUUUAUUCAGUUAUCUUGGGAUAUAAACCCAAUAAAUGCAAGUCUAUCAUUGUUAUGCCAAAUCAAUGCUGCAAAUGGUGAUGGGAAUAAGCAGUACAAUAUCACGGUGCAGUCCAAUUCAGAUUUCCCUCCCCGCUUCCAGCUAGGUGGACUGCAGCCUGCCACAAAGUAUGCAUUAAAAGUACGCUGUGCUGCAGAUGUUGCUCCGUCCUGGAAAUGGAGUAACUGGACGGAGAAUAUAAUUUCUGAGACUCCUGAAGCUGCUCCAUCAGGAUUGCUUGAUGUCUGGAGAUAUAUUAACCCAGACUUGGAGCAACAUAAUGUAACUGUAUUCUGGAGGGAAUCCUCAGAAUUUUGUGCUAAUGGAAAGAUCCAAAAAUAUCACCUAUCCUUGGAAAACUUAGAGGAACCUUCUAUGCAGCGUCACAAUUACUCAAUUUCUGCAUCACAGAAAUUCUCAAUGAUUCUUGGCAACCAUUCUUACAAAAUCCUUGUCUGGGCACAAAACGGUGUAUCUGCAUCUUCUCCCUCAAUGAUUAUCAUCCCAGCAACUAAUAAAAAUGGUACAGUGCAUUAUAGUAAGGAGACCACAGAUAACAAUACAGAACAUGGAAUUUAUAUUUCUUGGAAACCUCAAAGCAAGUUCAGUCAAUAUGUUGUUGAUUGGUGCAACCACCCCACAGGUCAUGCGUGUGAUUUUCAAUGGAAGAAGUAUGAGCAAAACAAAUCCAGUGAUCUCAUUACAUCUGAUGCCUUCAGCCAUGGAGUAAAAUAUACUUUUAAUGUGUAUGGAAUACAAGAUGAUACAAGUUAUUUAUUGGAAAAGAAGGUUAAAUAUCUCAAAGAAGAGGAACCACUACAAUAUAUCUUAUGUAAUAUAGUUAAUACCACUGCGAAUUCAUUAACAGUAACUUGGGAACCACAAAAAUUCAACUCUUGUUUUAUUAGAGGUUAUGUACUUUACAUGAAAAUGGAUAAUCAGAAUUGUAUGGUACAAGGUUCUGAACAAUUUAGAAAUGCAAAUAAUCUAAUGAUAUGCAGUUACAAAAUUGAAAAACCAAACCAAACUGAAUUCACCGUGAGACAUUUGAAACCCAGAACAAAGUACUUGUUUGCUGUUCAGGCUUAUGCUGUCAAACCUCAUUAUAUUGACAAUGGCACCUUUAAGACAGUGUUUACACCAGAUGAUGGAAAAUGGCUUUUCCAUCUACUUUACUUACUAGUGAUUAUCCCAUUAAUGCUGAUGUGUAUGUGCUCCAGGAAAAGUAAUCGGUACUAUUAUCCAAAUUUUGGGUUUAGUGAUCAAGGAGAAAUUGCUUCAGAGAAGUACCUAAGCUGA